CCGUCUUCUUCCAGACAGACCCUGCCCUUUCCUUUAUGUCGCCCUGUCUGUUGGGUUCUGUUGAGAAUCGAGGAGACUUGACAAUGGAAAUCUUUCUCCACCGCCUGCAGUGCUGACCCUCCGGUUCCUCCUGCUUGGGAGAGUGUGUGUGUGUGUGUGUGUGAGUACAAUCCAAUCUGGGCUUGUCAUUUGUUUUUGCGGGAUCGCGUUUCUGCUUUCUCAUCUUGUUUGGAGUCCUCCAUAAUGCGAUGACCAGGGAGGGAGGAAGCAGAUGAAUAAUUGAUUGGCCCAUCUGAAGCAGCUGCUGUGCACUGGUUAAGUGGUCUCCCCUUGCCCCCUUCACCUUUGAAUGUCACUCAUCAUGGCCAAGCGUGAGACCGGCAGCACCAGCCCCGUGGUCAGGCAGAUAGACAAGCAGUUCCUGGUCUGCAGCAUCUGUUUGGACCGGUAUCACAACCCCAAGGUUCUGCCCUGCCUGCAUACGUUCUGUGAGAAAUGUCUACAGAACUACAUCCCUCCCCAGUCUUUGACACUGUCCUGUCCAGUAUGCAGACAGACGUCUAUCUUGCCGGAGAAGGGCGUGGCGGCCCUUCAGAACAACUUCUUCAUCACAAACCUAAUGGAAGUGUUACAGAGAGACACAGAAUGCAGUCGAGCCGAGGCGUGUAACGUACUGGAGUCAGCCAACGCAGCCUCGACCUGUCAACCCCUUUCUUGCCCCAACCAUGAAGGAAAGGUAAUGGAGUUUUACUGUGAAUCAUGUGAGACAGCCAUGUGUCUGGAGUGCACAGAGGGGGAACACAGGGAACAUGUGACCGUCCCUCUGAGGGAUGUGCUGGAGCAGCAUAAGUCUGUUCUUAAAAAUCAGUUGGACACUGUGCGCAACAGAUUACCUCAGCUGACAGCUGCCAUCGGGCUGGUCAAUGACAUCUCCAAGCAGCUAAUGGAGAGGAAAAACGAGGCGGUGACUGAUAUCAGUAAUACUUUUGACGAGCUUGAGAAGGCAUUGCACCAACGCAAGACUGCUCUCAUUACAGAGGUGGAAAACAUCUGCAGCACCAAGCAGAAGGUGCUUCAAACCCAGCUGACUUCUUUGCUUCAGGGCAAAGAGAACAUUGAGAGCAGCUGCAGCUUCACGGAACAUGCUCUUAGCCAUGGCAGCGCCACCGAGAUCCUUCUGGUUCAGAAGCAAAUGGGCGAGCGGGUCAGCGCUCUGGCGAGACACAGCUUUCCUGAGCAUCCUCAUGAAAAUGGACAUCUGGAAUGUCAGGUAGAGACAGACGGACUGAGACGCUCUAUCCAGAACCUGGGGGUCCUCAUCACAACGGGGGCCGUGGGCCAUACAAGCGUUGCCACUGGCGAAGGCCUGCGACACGCAGUGGUCGGCCAGCACACCACCAUUACCGUCACCACCAAAGACAAAGAUGGAGAACUGGUGAAAUCUGGGAAUGCUGUUCUGAAGGCAGAAAUAGCUUCUGCAGAUGGAGUUUGCACUGAAGCUGAGGUGGUGGACAACAAAAAUGGCACCUACGAGGUCGGGUAUUCCCUCCGCUCCGAGGGAGAAUUCACCUUCUCUCUGCUGCUAUAUGAACAGCCUGUGAGGGGGAGUCCGUUCCGCCUCCGGGCCGUCAAACCGUCAGAUGUCCUGCAGUCUCCGGAGGACGUGAAGAGAAGAGUGAAGUCCCCAAGUGGAGGAGGGGGCCAUGUCCGUCAGAAGGCUGUACGCAGGCCCUCCAGCAUGUACAGCACCACCAAGAAAAAGGAGAACCCAAUAGAGGACGAGCUGAUCUACAGAGUUGGGACGAGAGGGCGGGACAAGGGAGAGUUCACAAAUCUUCAGGGCAUCUCAGCCUCCAGUAAUGGCCGCAUCGUAGUGGCAGACAGCAAUAACCAGUGCAUACAGGUAUUCUCCAACGAUGGCCAGUUUAAAAUGAGGUUUGGUGUCCGGGGUCGAUCUCCGGGACAGCUGCAACGUCCCACGGGAGUAACGGUGGACAUGAACGGAGACAUAAUAGUGGCCGACUAUGACAACAGAUGGAUUAGCAUUUUCUCCUCUGACGGGAAGUUUAAGAGUAAAAUCGGUGCCGGAAGAUUGAUGGGACCCAAAGGUGUGGCUGUGGAUAAAAAUGGACACAUAAUCGCUGUUGAUAACAAAGCCUGCUGUGUUUUCAUCUUCCAAUCAAAUGGGAAGCUGGUGACAAAGUUUGGAGCUAGAGGAACCUCAGAGAGACACUUUGCAGAGAAAAGUGGUGCAAACAUUGCACUGGAAUCAAAGCUUAGUAAAUCUGGUCCUCUUUUCAGUCCUCACUUUGUGGCUGUUAACAACAAAAAUGAGAUUGUGGUAACAGACUUUCACAACCACUCAGUCAAGGUGUACAAUGCUGAUGGCGAGUUCCUGUUCAAGUUUGGCUCCCACGGUGAGGGGAACGGCCAGUUCAACGCUCCGACAGGCGUGGCUGUUGAUGCCAAUGGAAACAUCAUUGUUGCAGACUGGGGCAACAGUCGCAUCCAGGUGUUUGACAGCUCAGGGUCUUUCCUCUCCUACAUCAACACGUCGGCUGACCCGCUGUACGGCCCUCAGGGCUUGGCCCUAACAUCCGACGGCCAUGUGGCGGUGGCGGACUCCGGGAACCACUGCUUUAAAGUCUACCGCUACCUGCAGUAGAGACCCGGGACGGCCAUUUCCUCAACUGGGAGCACUGACGACACAACAAAUGUAAUCCACAGGGUGCAAUGAUAUUUCCAGUACAGCCUUUUGAUGUGCACAUCAGCAUAUUUCUCAGAUAUAACCGUCAACUUGUUUUACCUUUUACGAUGUGUAUUGAAGGUUGGUUCUCCUUUUUAUUCAAACUCGGUAAUGUAGCAUCCUCGGGACAAAUGGUCACACAAAUCUAUGGAUGUGCAUUGUUGUGAUAUUAUUCAGCCAGGCUGUCGGUAACACUUUAAGAUAUAGACUGAAAUAUUUAAUCGGCUCAAACCUUUCCUGAUGCAUGAAAUUUCUUUCUUUUUUUCCCCCCCUCAGUUUCUAGGCAACGGGAUAGUGCACAUUAGCUGUUUUUACCUUAAAAUGCUUACAGUGAAGUGAACAAUGCUCUGCUUCUUUAGCAAUGGAAUGAAAUGUAAACAUUUCUCACUUACCACCAUCUAUCAUGAAUACCACCAUCCGUGCAUUGGUUUUGCUGUAUGUACUGUAUAUACUGUACAUGAAUGUACAUUGUGUAUAUUAAGCCACUCUGUAUGUAAGUGCUGUUUGAUUUUGAAACGCGCAGUGUUUUUGCCUUUUCAGAGCGCAGUAAACAAUGAAGGAUUUUCGGAUUUUUUUACACGUGUGGCAGCUGUUGAAGGAGCUUUUGAACGGCAUCCACAGCACAUGCAUUAGAGAUGAGUGUCAUAUAAAUGCUUAUUUAAGCAGCACAAUUAUCUUUGUUUUGUUCGUCCAUAGCUGUUUUAAAGGGAAAACUGAUGUAAAAUGCUAAUUUAUUUCAUUUUCUACUAGCUCUGUCUUUACAAAUUAUUUUUCUAAUUUUUCCUUUGCUUUUUUUUUUUUUUUCUUAAACUUUUAAGGGAGAUUUCCCACUUGAAGCAGAAUUCACAGGUCCAGGAUUUGUGCAGAAGUGCCGCUUAUUUCCAUGGCAAAUUUGCUUUGAAAUAAAUCCGCAUUCAGCAUUUGAAUUAAAAUUAUGACCUUUAAUAAGCUAGUUAAUACCUUUUUAUUAAGCGCUGCUGUCUGGCAAUAACACUGCACAAAUCUCAGGAGAGCCCUCAAAGUUUAUACAAAAGUGUUGGUGAGACAAUAUUAGGAAUUUGUAUUGUUUUAUGCACAAAAAUUUAAAUUUGGCCAGCUAAAAUGACAAAAAUUUGGGAAAUGGGAUCUGAAUUCUGUUUUAAGAUGUUUACAUGUUUGUGUUUUCAUAAAAAAUGAUUUAUGUGCAUUGUUAGAUGGAUUGGCAAGUGUACAAGUCAACUCUUAAGACUUCACUCAGAAUGAUGAUUUUAUAAGCUACCUGUCUUUUCUGCUCAAGUUCCUGCCUUCAUGAUGCCAAACUAAAAUUCAAAAGCAAAGAGUUGUGCGCAGAGGUUGUUGUUGCUGCUAGUGCUGCUCCUGCUGUUCAUUUGUUGUAAUGCCAGAUGUACUGCAGCAGAGAUGAAGGACGUAGUCAAGACGGGCUCCUGGUUCCACUCAGUUAUCCACAGCGCUAUUUAUCAUCCAACCACGGAAUUUAGUCUUUCACUAUGUGGUGCUUUCUGAGCUCAAAUAUCACUAGUUUAAUCUAAUGGGGUUUUUUUUAUAAUCUUAACCUGUUGUUUAAACUGUUGCCAAACAGAAGCAGUGACAUCUUUUAAGAGUCAAAUGCUCGCCUUUUUAACUUAAUUUUUUUUUUAAAUGUGUUUCAGGUUUUUCACCUUACCCAUAUUUUUGUUUUCUCUAUGAAUAUGCACUGGUAAUAAAAGCACAUGGUUUACUGAACUAUGGUAAUGAAUGUGACUGUUUGUUUUGCCUUUAGUACAAUUAACUUAUUCCUUACUGUAGUGAAGAGAGUUUCAAGGUGCAAUAAAUCU